AAAAGGAAAAACAACGAGGCUUUAGAGCCGCUCCCUCUCCCCUCUAAAAUCCCGAAGCAGAUACGAUGCAGCGAUGCUUCGCCACUCUCCGCCGCCGCCACCUCCUCUCCUCCUCCCUCCGCCUCCUCUCUCCUUCGAAUCUCCCCAGCCCAGUGGCAUUCCCCGUAAAUUCUCCCACUCCCAGGCCCCGUUUCUCACCCCCUCUAGGGUUCCACUCCCCAUUUCCCAAUCAUAAGGGUUUUGAUGGAACCCAAAUCCGGUGUUACGCGGCAGAGGAGAGCGGCAAGAAGACGAAGUCGAAGAUUCAGAGGAAGUCGAAGUCGAGGUUAGUGAAGAAGAGGAAGAAGAAGGAGAGAUCGAGGGCUCCGAGGACGCCGGAGACUUCGAAGCUGAAGAAGUACAAGAUCAAGGGCUACUCGUCUUUUAAGUACAGAUUCAGGCCUUUGAAUGAUGGGACUAUUCGACGGUGGAGAGCUGGAAAGCUUCAUAAUGCACACGCAAAGUCCAAAAAAUCGAAACGGAGACUUCGCAAGCCGGAGACUGUUCAUCUAGCAUAUGCCAAGGUUAUGAAGAAGCUCAACUUUUGCAACUAGAACGACAGGGAAACUCAUUAUGUGCCAACUUUCAAGACUAUGAUAUGAGUCAAACAUUGCUGUGUUCUGUUUUGUUUUGUGCUCCUUUCAGAAUUUCUACAUGUACCAGUUUUGGAGAAUGUACAACAGUUUUUUGUUGGCUAUUUUUUUAAUUGCUACUAGUUCCAUGAGAGAACAACCUGCUGUUUUUCUGAUCUAAGAGCAAUAACAGAUGGCAAACACAGCAGAUAACCGAAGCUCUCUUCUUGUUAUCUAAUGCAAUAGCCCUUGGUCUUCUCUUGUU